AUGAAGGGGCUCGUUCAGAUGAUUUCCGAUGGUGAAUGGCUUGAAGAUCCUUUGUCAGUUCUAUUCUUGUUGGUCUUAAAGCGUCAAUGGACUUGGUUCGAUGUUGUAUUUGUCAUAGAUGUGGCUUUAGUAGCUUUGAAGCCGAUGAGUAAACGAUCGGCUGGCGAAACAUCACCAGGGCGACCAUCAAUCCAGUCGCAGCUGCGUGGUGCAGUCUUACCAAUGACUGUCGACAUAAGAUAUGGUAUGAACCCAAGAGAGCGUAUCUUGGGGCCAUGUGUUUGCAAAGAGAUAGGUCGGAUCGGAAGGCUUCUUGGUUCUAGCAGGGAGGAAGGGUGGGUAGUGAACACAAAAGAUCGUCACAUAUUGACCAGCUCUUUACACUAUUUUGCCCGACUAAAGUGA